AACAGCAACAUGAUUAUGGUGCAACAUUUGGUGGCAGCAAAUGCCCAUACAUUUGCCAAUGCAGCCAAUGCCGCCACAGCCUCGCCUUCACCCUCGCCACCUGCCACAAAUGGCCAUUUGCAUAGCCCGCUGGCAUCGCCCACAGCUUCCACGGCAUCCACAUCACAGCAGACAAUAGCCAGCUCACCCCUAUCAUCACCGGCAGCCGGUGAUAUGGUGGCGGCAGUCUCAAAACUAAGCUGUAGCCUGGAUUCGAAUCACAGCCACAGCAACUCGUCCAACAGCUGUCUGAUGUCAUCGCCGCACAGGAAUACAAAUGAGGUCAAAGAAAAUUGGUCCCAAGCCGCAGCGGCAACUCAUAUGCGUACAACGCCUUUAGAUGCAAGCAACAUAAAUCCCAAAACGCCAAGUGCCAUAUGUGCAGCAGCCGAACGGCAUGACGAUGAAGAGGAGCCCGAGGAAGAACACAUGACCUACAACCACAACAAGCACAAAGCUUCUUCACAGAGUCCCCAGCACACGCCAGCCACUUCACCGGCACUGUCGCAUCACUCCUCCACCACAACCUGCUCAUCAUCACAAGUUCAAAAGCAUGCGGACGAAAAGUCCCGAAAUGAGGAUAACCACGAAACGAAUCCCAUUUCGACAUGUGAAAAGUUCGCCGUCCUCUACAACCAUUUACGGCAACAAACACAACAACACACACGUCCAGAUUCAAUGGACACCGAAUCCAUUCCACAGCCCAUACGGCGAUCGGUUAUCACCAGUCGCGAGGAAGAGGACUCUUUGUCCGAAGAGCGAUCAGCAUCGGCAGCCUCUGUGGAACAUAAUGUGAACAACAAGGAUUCCGAUGAUCAACGACACUAUGAUCCUCAUUCACAUCCUAAUCACCCGCCAACGCAUCAUCACCACCAUCACCAUUUGACACAUGGUCAUCCUCCCUCGGAUCAUUAUCACACCGAUGAAGAGGACGAGGAAGAGGAUUUCGAUGAUGAAGCCCCCUUGGAUUUAUCGCUGCCAACAAAACUUGCCAGAAAUCGUUCCCAUACCUAUUCCGGUUCCGAUUCUGAUGAUUCGGGAUCGGGUUUGAAUGAUGGGGAACGAGGAGUUGGAGGUUUGGCACGUCGCCUAAAGCCGGAGGAACGUAAAGCUGCUUACAAAAAGUCACUAAUGAAAAGAUAUUAUACUGAAAUUCCUAUUAUCAAACAAUCAACAAGUCCGGGACCUCAUCUACAUAACCUGCCACCAUCACACCAUGCGCAACAAGCUGCGCAUCAGCAACAACAGCAACACUCACACCCGCAUCCACACCAACAGACAACACAACAUCAACAGCAACAACAGCCGCCAUUGACGCCACAACAUCCAAAUGGAAAUCAAACAGCGUUCACAGGAACAGGAUCUGUUCUAAAUAUUAAAACGGAGCAAAAUGUUCUAACCUCACCCAAUCAACACCAACAACAGCAGCAGCAACAACAACAGCCACAUGGAGGAGGCAUUAAUCUGCAGCAACAACACAACAGCCUAACAGGACCCUCAAGCAACAAUAGUCUACAGUCAUUGAAUAUACCACACCGGCCAUUGUUGCACAAUUUGUUAAGUGGUGGCUCGCUGCACAGCUCACAUCACAGAAGUUAUGGUGCAGGGACCACAGGCUCAUUUCCUCCCAGUCCGGCCGAUAGUGGUGUAUCGGAUGUGGAUAGUUCCAGCUCGGGAGGCCAACCAUGCAGCGAUGAACUUAAGGCCCGUUUGGGUCUACCUCCCCACUGUUCAACGCAUCCUUCUCAUCUGGCGAAUGGUACAUUUCUGCAUCCGAAUCUAUAUCAGAAUUCUCAAAUCAGGAAUAUCUGGAAUCGUGGAAUGGCUGAGAACUACUAUUUACCCUUGGCCGGUAAUGGUGCAGGAGGUGGUGGCGGAGGCGGCGGCGGUGUUAAUUCAUCCAACAACGGCCCAGUGGUUAACAACAACCUAACCUGCAGCUCAACAGCGCCCAAUGGUUCGUACGGUGCGCCGCCCUACUUUACAACUCCCUCUCCGCCUCGUGCCGCCGUCGGUUUGGCUUCGCAUCAUUCCCUACAUCCACAUCAGCAACAUGCUUUGCACACACACCAACAGCAUUCCUCCGUCUCUAAUCCCACAGUUGGUUCGACCAGCAACGGUGUCCUUACCUCCAAUGGUGUCCUUUCUCACCAGCAAAGCGUUAUACAACCGGCCACAUCGAGUGUUAAUUAUGAUCUCUCUUAUAUGCUGGAACUGGGUGGCUUCCAACAGCGUAAAGUGAAAAAGCCACGCAAACCCAAAAUUGAAAUGGGCGUCAAGCGACGCAGUCGUGAAGGAUCCACCACAUAUCUGUGGGAAUUUCUACUCAAACUGUUACAAGAUCGUGAAUAUUGUCCGCGUUUUAUUAAGUGGACCAACCGUGAGAAGGGUGUCUUCAAACUGGUCGACUCCAAGGCGGUGUCACGCCUCUGGGGCAUGCAUAAGAAUAAGCCCGACAUGAAUUAUGAGACAAUGGGUCGGGCAUUACGUUACUAUUAUCAAAGAGGCAUAUUGGCCAAGGUUGAUGGCCAACGUUUGGUCUAUCAGUUUGUUGAUGUUCCCAAGGACAUUGUGGAGAUCGAUUGUAAUGGUGUUUAA